ACGGCGUCGAUGCUUCUGCAUCACCCGUAUUUACAGCUUUAUAAUAUUGCUUUUUCCCUUUGAUAUGGGAAACGGUGCAUAUUCUAGGACGGCUGCAUGAAUAGAGAGAAUCGUCUCGCUUUGCUUGGUCGGUGGCUGCCACUGGCAAUUGUCAAAGCAUCGGACAUGGACGCUUUCACGUGUCAUUUUGGACGCAAGUUCAAAGGUUGCCGACGAUCAUCUCCAAACAGCUCUGAGAUUGGACAAUACUCCAAUUGCAGCCCGGGAGGAAGGGAGGGACCAUUGGCAAAGCUCGAGUCUCUUCAAGACAAGAGUCAGUGCACGUGGCGAAAGCUGAUCAGACUGGCAGAUGGAAUCGUUAGGGACUAUGGGUUUUUAUCGAGGACGUGUGGAGGGUGUUAUGGAGGCCUCCAUUCUUGCAGAUACAUUCUGCUAGAUGACAUGUAUCAUAGUCUUAGGCCUAGAAACACCUUUCCACAAAUAGCAUUGUUUCUGUGAUUCUUUGUUUGCUUGGUGACUACUUCUAACACUGCAGUAGAUAGAGCCAACUUCGCUCACUCCUCAUCAGAGUCAAUGUGAGGUGUCAAGCCAGCUGCCUCUUCACUCGGCAAUUGUCGAGGAAACCAUCCAUACUCCGAAAAGUCCACCAGAAGUUCCCCCAAGCUCCCCGAAUUGACCGU